AUGCAGGAUGCGAUGGGAGAGGUGGACAGGAAGGAUGUGGGAGAGUGGGAGUGGAGAAACAUUCAUACAGCUCCCGUCUCCAACAUGAUGACUGCCGCUCCCCGGUCUCAGUGCAACAGCGCUUCUGGUUUGGGCUCGAUGAUAAAGGAGAAGGAGAUUGACGUGAAUACUUUGCUUCUUACCCUCAUGCUGUACUUCUUGACUUCAUCCCGCUUGAAUUUUCCUCGCGCUUGGAGUGCGGACGGGACCCCAAAUCAUCGGCAGAGGAAACUAGACCUGUCGAAGAGAGCGUGGAGUGCGACGGAUGAUUCGAAGGUCACUGAAAAGGUGAACCCUUGGUCAACUGGGAAUCCCUUCGUCCUAUCCAAGAAGUACAGCAAAAUCUCCUCCUUCAGCAAGUACCAGGAUUCUCUCGAGGACUCACUCGGACCGCUGUUCGACAGGCCGCAGUCAGCGAUGCAGUUUGUUGAUCUCGACGAUGAGACGAAGAAAAGAGCUCCGUCCUCCCUCGUUGCCAGAGCCGUCGCCUCCUCAAGAAUGACUGUGAUCGAAGACGAUGAGGAGAUACAAGACUUUAGAAGAAAGUUCGAAGAGAUUGAGGACGACUUGGAGAUGACAUCAAAGAAAAAUCGCUUUGAAGUUUCAAUCUUCUAUGAUGGAAAACUCACCAACAACAUGGCAAAAUCACGAUCAGUUCUCACAGAGAUCUUUCUUGCCUUCUGUGGGCUUCAACAAAACUACGGAGGAACAAACAGUUUUUCUGAGAGAGCUGUCUCCCUCAGCAGCAUUGGAUACGCAGAGUUUGGAAUCAUGAUGAAAGAAUUUCUUCCUGAUUUCGACAUCGACUAUGAAGAGAUUUUCAAGGUUUUCACCGUCACCAAGCAGAAAGGUGUUCCCAGCACUUUCAAGUGGGAGAAAGAGUGGGGGGUAGACCAAGCUGUCACAGACAUUAGGCAUCUUGACUUUCGCGAGUUCAUUUGCUCGCUAGUUCGACUCGCCGCCUUCAUCUUUGACGUCCCCACGUUGGCCGACGCGCUCAACCUUCUCGUGGAGGAGAUGGACGUGGGGAUGGGGCUGGUUGAGAUCAAGAAGAGGCUGUCGUACAUCAAGAGGUGCAAGCUCGGGUUCGGAACCUGGAAAGACGAGACCAACGAGUACAAGCUGCCGAACAAGCCCAAGGGAAGGAGCAUGCGCGCGAGGAGAGACAAGAGGAGGAGGUCGAGCAUGUUCCAUUUGAUGGACAUAGGAGACGACAAGCUCGUUGACGCCUGCCUCCUCCUCCUCAAGUUGUCUGGUGACAAGACUUCCACCAACUGGGUGAAGUUCGAAGCUCAGGCCCUCGCGUGCUGUGUGCCGCUGACAGGUGGUCAAGUUUCUGGUCCUUCAGUGUCGAGAGCCGAUGGAGAUCCUCCGCACAAGUUUAUGAUACAAGUUCGCAACAGCUCGCGCGUGUCUCCUCCUCCUCCUCUCAACAUCAUCUCCCAGGCGAAGGACAACGUGGUUCCUCCUGGCGACUCCAUCUCGUACAUGAUCUAUGCGCACGUCGAACAGGCAGGGAUCUUCCAAGGAAGCAUUCAUAUCAGCGAACAAGACGGGGACGUUUCGAUCUACACCAUCCCUGUGUUGCUGCGAGUGAAGAAGUCACUCAGCCAUCAGCUCAAGGAGAUCAAGCUGAACAGACAAAUGAAGAAGAAAAGUAUGUUGAUCUCAACAGGGCAGGUCAAGAAGCAUACCAACACACACAUGGAUCAGGACAUCGUACAGAACACGUCAGCUGUGGACAACAGAGGGAAAAUUUCAACCUUUGGAUCAUCUCGGCUAGAGUUGACUGACUUGUAG